AGGGUAACAUCCUCUUAGAUUAAUUCGUCGUAAUUAGUCCACCGACGGGUCGGUGCUUUUCGUCUCAGUUGCAACCUUAUGAAUUGUUGAAAUCGAAUAUGCAAGCUAUCAUGAAAAACGUGCUUGAAAACGCAUCUGCAUUCAACGAUUUCUCAAAACCCAUAAAUCAAAUCCCUAAACAGCUGGGAUCUCUUCGUGACAAUCGAACUGAAAACGACGGAAACAUAGAAAUCACAUAAGCUUUGAAUUCACACAACCGUUUCUUAGCGUGAAGUGUUGUACUGCUUCUGCAAUGUCGAGUUUGGAGGAGCCUCUUGGUAUGGACAAGUUGCCAAGCUUAAGCACCGUUGAUCUUUUCCAUAGGUUCUCAUCCAACGGCUGCAGUACCAGCGGAGUGGAACGUUGCUGGGUCGAGGGAAAUACUUCCACGUCAUCAAAUGAUGACAAGGCAGAUUUUGAGUAUGUGCAAGGAGUGUUCGCUUGGAGACAUCAUGCAAGAGAUACGCCUCAAAACGGAAACCAUGCAGCAUAUAGAAAUCAGUGUGAUUCAAGGCAUUUAGCAAGCCGUCAGCAUAACUCUUACUGCAAUGAUGUAGGACUACAAAACAUAACAAAUAUGAUUUUCAAGGGCAUACCAAAGUAUGUAAAGAUAGUGGAAGUUGGUGCAAGGGAUGGGUUACAGAAUGAAAAGAAUAUGGUGCCUACAUCUGUGAAAAUAGAACUAAUUCAGAGGCUUGUUUCUACUGGAUUAUCUGUUGUUGAGGCAACAGCUUUUGUUUCUCCCAAGUGGGUACCUCAGCUGGCUGAUGCAAGGGAGGUUAUUGAAGCACUAAAAAACAUGGAUACUACAAGACUGCCUGUGCUGGUGCCUAAUUUGAAGGGUCUUGAAGCUGCUGUUGCAGCCGGCGCAAAGGAAAUAGCUAUUUUUGCGUCAGCAUCCGAGUCCUUCUCAAAGUCAAACAUUAAUUGUACCAUUGAGGAAAGUUUUUCUCGUUAUCGGGCUGUAGUUAAUGCUGCUACAAAGCUCAAUAUUCGUGUUCGUGGGUAUGUAUCAUGUGUGAUUGGAUGCCCGGUUGAAGGAAUGAUUUUUCCAUCAAAAGUUGCACACGUUGCAAAAGAACUUUAUGAUAUGGGCUGUUCUGAAAUAUCACUUGGUGAUACUAUCGGGAUUGGCACACCAGGAACGGUAAUUUCUAUGCUCGGAGCAGUGAUGUCAGUUGUUCCUGUUGAAAAGCUAGCAGUUCACUUUCAUGACACUUAUGGCCAAUCUCUUCCAAACAUUUUAGUAUCCCUCCAAAUGGGAAUAAGCAUAGUGGAUUCUUCUAUUGCGGGUCUAGGAGGGUGCCCAUACGCCAAGGGAGCUUCAGGAAAUGUUGCUACUGAGGAUGUGGUUUACAUGCUUCAUGGCCUCGGUAUCCAGACCAAUGUAGAUCUUGGAAAGCUCUUGCAAACCGGUUGAUUGAUGACAUGGCAUCAUGUUUCACCUAAUUAUCUCCGGUUUAACUAUAAGCCGGUCACUGAAUCUGCAUGCAUUCAAAUCAUCGUUCACUGCUACCACUCCCCUGACAACCGCCGCCGCUGUCGACACAUCACCUCUGCCACCACCGCGACACCACCGCACCACCAUCGUGAUAACUCCUUCCCUGACAACUCCUCCGACGACAACUCAUCCAGUGACAUUCAUACGUCUGCUCAUAAGUCACUACUGCAAUAACUAAUUCGGCUCGUCCUUCUACAAUUACUCGGUUGAAUACAUCAUUUAUCCGGUAAUCACAACAAAUUACAUACUUUUUUAUUGCAUCCAUUCUGUUACCAAUUUCUAUGUUGUUACCAAUUCCCACUGUAAGUGUCCUUAUACGAUUACUCAGUCCGAUUAUACUGCUAUUUGUCAUCUACUUACAAAUAAACAUGAUUUAACUUGUAACCCCUUUGUGAUACAUAUGACAUCUUCUGAUUCAUCACAUAUAUACCCUCCUGGUCAAUUGAUGGGUUCACACUUCAAGCGGCUAGAAAAGUCCUAGAAGAUUUAACUUGUAACCCCUUUGCUUUGGGUCGGAUUUUAAGGUGUCCGAGUGGCUUUACUGGGUCCCUAUUAAAGUUAAUGGUUUCAUAUAGAGGUUGCUGCAGAAUCGGGUUCUGGUUAGGAAAAAUCUGCAUAGAGUGUGCGGGGGUUUGGGAGUUGGUCACGCAUGUUUUUAUGGAGUGCCCGAUAGCCAAGGCGUUGUGGAGGAAGAUCUCUGUUUGGUGUAACUGGGACCUUGCAUGCCUCUCAUCCCUGGAGCAGCUUGUUCAGGGGUAUACGUGACUAGAAUCUUAUGUCAAUAGUACAUUGCUUUUGGGUAUAAUUUACUCCACUUUAUGGGUAAUUUGGAAGGAUAGUAACAACAGGCUCUUUAAGGGGGGCAAGCGUUAUUUGGAGUCGGCUUCCGAGGAUGUUAAUAACCUCUCACUCGGAUGGGUAAAAUAUCGUUCGAAAUUCUGUGUUGAUAGCUGGGAAGGCUGGGUUAAUUUGUUUUUUUUUUAUGUUUUGUAUGGCUGUGUAUGUGCAGAGUAUGUUCUGCACUUUUUUGUCUUGUUUAGAUUUUUACCCCUUGUUGCUGUUUUACCAGCUAAUCGCUGGUAUUUCUUUUGUGGUAUGAGAAGUUUUGUGGUAUGAGAAGUUUCGCUGCUGUUCAAAAAAA